AAACCUUUAAUGAGAUGUAACGAGGAAUAACGAUUCUUCCACAAACAGACCGUUUACAAAAACAUUAAUAAUCACCAAGGUGUUUUGAAGGCUAGCUAGUACUUAUGUCUUGGUCUGAAUAUCUGCGAGAAAUUGCGCAGAUAUUUGAGGAGGCAGCUGAAGAAUUAACGUCCGUAUUUGAAUUGCCUCCAGACUUACUGAAUGAUAUAACAGAAGAAGAUGGCGAAAACCUUCCAAGAGUGAGUUCCGUUUUGUCUGAAAAAGCACGAAUACUAGAGGAAGAUGAAGAAGAUGAGAAAAUUCUGCGUGGAGUUGACCUGAAUGACCAAGAUUCGGUUCGCAAGAAGAUUCAGCAAAUACAGGCUCAAUCACAAUUUAGUGAAAAACGAAAGGCGUCUGUUAUGCAGAAACUUUUAAUGUCUGGAUAUGCAAAGUAUCGCAAGGAUAAGAAACGCUCGACGACAAAUAAAGACGAUUUAAGUUCUAAGGAUUUAAAACCAACGUUUCAUGAUCAGGAGUACGGUAUUUACGGGUGUAAGCAUUAUAUGCGUUGCUGUAAGAAGCAGUGCGCUGAUUGUAAACAAUGGUUUCCAUGCAGACAUUGCCAUAAUGAAGUGAGUGAUCAUACUCUCAAUCGAACUGCUACCGAAAAUAUGCUUUGUAUGUUUUGCUUUAAAGCGCAGCCGGCAGCUCAGAACUGCAAGUUUUGUCACGAGUCCAUGGCUCGUUAUUAUUGCAACAAGUGCAAACUAUGGGAUGAUGAUCCAUCGAAAUCCAGCUAUCACUGUGAUGACUGUGGCAUCUGUCGAAUAGGUCGUGGUCUGGGCGAUGAUUAUUUCCAUUGCAAGACUUGUGGUAUUUGCCUUCCUAUCGCUGUCUAUGAUACUCAUCGGUGCAUUGAACGAAGUACAGAUUGCAACUGCCCUAUUUGUGGAGAAUACAUGUUCAACUCGACGGAAAGAGUGAUUUUUCUCGCAUGUUCUCAUCCAUUGCACCAGCGUUGUUAUGGUGAAUAUAUUAAGACAAACUAUCGCUGUCCGACAUGCUCAAAGACAAUUAAUAACGUCAAUUCCAUGUUUCGCAUCCUGGACGUGGAAAUCGAGCGACAGCCCAUGCCCUAUCCUUACAAUACAUGGAUAACUACAAUACACUGUAAUGAUUGCAACUCUCGAUCUGAUACCAACUAUCAUUUCCUUGGACACAAAUGCAAAUCUUGUCAUUCCUACAACACUUGUAUAUCAUCUAUCUACAAACCUCUUGAUCAUCCUCAAGUGUCUAUUCCGCGACUUGCAACUGCAGAGGACGCUGGUAUGCGAAGGUUAAUGGGACACUCAUGGGAUUCUAGUGACGACGAAUUUGGCAUGUUUAGAUUUUAACGGAUCUUUUCAGAUAUAAAUGGAAUAUGCAGGCAUUUUUUUUGGUUAACCAAGGAAUUUCUUUCUUUUGCACUACACUACUUUGUAUAUCAUUGAUUUGUUGAAUUUUCGCAUAUUCAUGAUUAUAUGACUUUAAUUUUUCUUAAACGAGGUUUACUUAAUUACAUGAGAUAUUUAUUGAUCACAAGCUUUUCAUAUCCAAGAAUCUAGUUUGGACUUGAUAGAGUUAUUAUCCUAAUUGAAAUAAUGAAUGAUUGCUUAAUCCUAUUUCCUUCCUUUCUGGUAAAUUGUACUUUCUUUUGAUAGCACACAGCAGAUCUACAAAUGACUUAUGGUAAAUUAAAACUUUUGUACAGUUGGUAAUAUUCGUACUGAGGAGUAAAACUUGAGAUCCUACGCUCCAUAUCGAAUAUUACUUUGGUGGUGCCUGAAUUGGUCUUAGUUCAUGGUAUUC